CCCGCCAUCACCACCACCACCACCUACCAACUCCUCCCUCUUCACCUCCAUCAACAAUUUCCAUUCUCAAUUUCUCCUCUCUCUUCACCACCACUAAAUCUACUACACUGCCGUGUUUGAUAAUUCAUAUUCCAAUUAGGUGAUGGCGGCUUAUGGCGCAGCCAUUUCCCUCAAGAAUACCAUUCAGCGUAUUCUGCAAUCGUCUCGCAUUUCGCUGGUUUCUCCCUCGCCACAAAUCUCAUACUCUUCGUAUUCCGACGUGUUUGACAAUUCAUAUUUCAAAGCGAUGAUGGCCGCUUAUGGUAAAGCGAAAUCUCUCAAGAACAAGAUCCGGCACCGGCGACCCUCUCCACACCUCCUACAACAGGCCUACGAUGCCAUGUGUCGUUUACAAAAAGUCCUGCUGAAAUUGGAGGAAACCAGCUGCAGCAAGAUCAGGACGAAGGUGAAUGCUUUGGAUGAACGGAUCAAAGAGGUCGUAUGGGAAUUCGAAGAUUUGCUCGAAUCCCUUCUCGCAGAUCAACUUCUUGCACAACUUGAAAGCUCGCAACGAGGUGAGGGAGAUCAAUUGUCUUUCUCUGUAGAUCUGCUGAAUCUGCAACGCUGCGUUGAUUACUUACUCGAGAGGGUGAGGGCGAUGGAGGCGGAGUACGAUAUUGAGCUGGCGAAUAUGCCUGAAGAAGAAGGCGAACCGGUUUCCUCAAGGAUUGAUUUUGGAGGAAUCAGCACCGAGAUGGUUGGAUUAUCCGAUGAAUUCGAACGAGUCCGGGACUAUCUACUUGCAGAAGAAGAUGAAUGGAGAUGGGUAGCGGUUAUUAAUUGGAUGUUUGUUAUUGGGAUGGCAGGGGCUGGGAAGACAACUCUGGCGAAGAAGGUAUUUGACGAUCCAUCCAUUCAGAGACAUUUCGAGCUUCGAGCAUGGGUAAGAGUGGGCAGAAAAUGUGAAUCCAAUGAAACGUUACGAUGCAUUCUAGCUCAAGUGGAUCCCAGCACUCGCGACCAAAUGCUUACUCACGGAGAGGAUGGCGACGACGACUUUGAGAAAUUAGUUGGAAUCUUGGAAGAGAGACUAAAGGAUAAGAAGUGCCUCAUUGUGAUGGAUGAUGUAUGGGAAUGGGACAGACGACUAAUGGAUAGAUUUCCAAAAGAGAAUGUCCGAAUCUUGCUUACAAGUAGGCUAAGAUUCAAUGAAGAACCUCCCUCAUUUAUCCGAGAGAAUAAUUCAAUCUUACUUCGAAGCUUGCUAGGAGAUAAAGGAUCUCCGUUUCAAGUAGUACGCCUGUUGAGUGAUGAAGAAAGUAAGAAAUUACUUGGUGAGAAGGUGUUUGGUGGAGAGGGGUUCCCUCCUCACCUCGAGAAAUUGGGGGAGAAGAUUGCCAAAAAAUGUGAAGGUCUUCCACUUAUGAUAGUAAAAGUUUCAGAGCUUCUAUCCGAAGAAGACAAGACCCCGGAAUUCUGGACCGAGGUAGCUGAAAAACAACAUAAUUUCGUCUUCGAUGAUGCAUAUGAACAGAUAUCUGAGGUACUUUUCCCAAGCUACGAUUACUUGCCCCAAUAUUUAAAAAUGCUUUUCCUCUAUCUAGGAGCUUUCCCUCCGUAUAGUGAUAUUGAAAUACAAAAGAUCUUCAAUCUUAUGAGUGCGGAGGGAUUUUUUGAACCGAUUGGAGAAAAAAACUUGGAAAAUUUUAUAAAAGAAUGUCUUGAAAAGCUUGCUAUACGAUAUCAUCUUAUUCUAUUCGAAGCAAGUCUAGGAUCUUUGUUAUCAAAGAGCGCGUUCCGUGCACAUUCUUGCUGGCAGUAUUUGUGUAGGAAAGAAGCUAGUAAGAUCAAGUUUUUGCAUGUUUUACAAAGUUGUGAUGAUGUUAUGAAAGACCAACGUCGUUUGGGUGCCCAUUACAACACUUUAUUUGCCUUCAAACAAGUGUCUGAUUCAAUAAAAAGUGAUUGUGCAUCCACCAUUCGUUCUCUCCUUUGUCUUGGUCCUUACCACCAAUAUCCAGUGUCAAUACAUGCAAUGGAUUACAAGUUGCUAUGGGUACUAGAUGCUCUCAGGGUCAGAUUUUACCAUGUCCCACUUGAAAUUCUUAAACUUGUGUCUUUAAAGUACCUUUCCCUAACUUGCAACAAUGAGAUUCCUGAAUCUAUAUCCAACCUUUUUCAACUUGAAACCUUGAAUGUCGGACAACAUAUGAACAUUAAAAAGCGUGGAGGUCAGUCAUAUGUUCCGGUAGAAAUAUGGAAUAUGCAAGAACUACAACAUAUUGAAAUCUUGGGAAGAGACCUACCAACCCCUAAUUUUGAUUCUACUUUGGACAAACUCACGGGCCUUCGCGGUGUGAGUCCAAAGAGUUGCACUAGAGAAGUUCUCCAAAGAAUUCCUAACUUAAAGGAAAUGAUAAUCUGCAUGGAGUUGAAGCCUUAUGACAAUGAUGAUUGGUUCAACGCACUGAAUGGCUUGGGUUAUAUAUCAGAAGAACUCCAGAAUUUGGUGCGACUUUCAUAUAUUGUAAGGAACCCUGAGAUAAAAUAUGAGUUUAUGGUUCCUCUUCGAAUGUUCCCAUCAAGUCUGACGUAUCUGCAACUGAGUGGCUUAGGGUGCCCAUGGGAGUACAUGAAUGACAUUGGUUCGCUGCUACCAAAUCUUACAGAUCUCAUGAUAGAAGAGUAUGCCUUUCGAGGUCCAGAGUGGGAUAUAAAAUCCGAAUGUUUUUUGAAACUUGAGACACUUGUAAUUGAAGACACUGAUUUGGAGCGAUGGAGAGCUCAACAUGGAAGCCUCCCAAAGCUUGAGAUGCUAAGCAUUCGGCAUUGCUACAAAUUCAAACAACUCGAUUGGACGCGUGAUCCCUCAACGGAUACAACGCCUACAAUUGAGUUACUUAACUGCAGUCUCGGUGUUAUACCGUCCGCCAUGCUAUUACAUCACGAUGGCUUUAAAGUUGAUUUGGGCACUUCUUACCUUUAGAUGAGAAGUUGUAGCAAGAGUCUCAGCUGAAUCGACAGGCAAAUGAGACAUCAGAAGGGUUGUGACGCUGCGUUAUCCCAUCAUUUCAAUUGUAUUACCAUGUGUUAUUUUUGUACAUUUAAGGAUAUUUGUUUUAUUUGGUGAGGAUUGUGAAAUCUAAAUGUUAAAUUAUGAUUGAUUUGUGUGAAAACAUUUCAUGCAUAUUUCUCUAAUCAAGGAUUAUAUAUAGCCUUCUCCGUUA